CUUUGCCACAGUAUCUCUAAGGUUGUGUGUGUGUGUGUGUGUGUGUGUGUUUGUGCGUGCGUGUGUGUGCACCACUGAGAAACAGAUGCUGCAUGAGAGAUACUCUGAUGAAGGUCUUUGAGUACUUCAAACUGGAUGCUGUCUUACAACAAGUUGACUCCAAAGAAAAUGGGCUAUUCAUCUACAUGGAGCAUGUUCUGCUGAUUAGCCCUCAGUAUGAAGGUACAGAUGAUCAUAUGGAUUAGAGAGCUGAGUGCUGACAUUAGCGGAGACUGAUACUUCUGUAUUAAGGAGCAGCUGUUCACAAGCAGGAUGGGUUGCAUUUGUAGCGGUGAGAAUAAACAUAAAGAAAGACAGAAUGUAAAUAACAAUUCAGCCGCCAAUAACUCACAUCAAAGAGCACAUAUUAAGAGCAGAGCGAAUAAUGAUGAAGACAUUGUCAUUGCACAACAUGAUUUCAAUCCGACCAACGAUAAUGACCUUCCAUUUAAGAAAGGAGAAAAACUCAAGAUCAUACAUGAGAAUGGGGACUGGUGGUUGGCGAAAUCUCUGGUUACUGGAGAUGAGGGAUACAUACCAAGCACAUAUGUUGCCCGAGCCCACACGCUUGACGUUGAAAAAUGGUUCUUCAAAAAUUUGAGUCGCAGAGAGACAGAACGUCUUCUGCUAGCCCCGGGGAACAGGCCCGGCUCAUUUCUCGUAAGAGAGAGCGAGACAACUCCAGGUGCUUUCUCCUUGUCAUUAAGAGACUUGACACCAGAGAAUGGUGAUGCGGUCAAGCACUAUAAGAUCCGUACACUUGAUAAAGGCGGAUACUACAUCUCCCCCUCUCUGACCUUCUUAUCUCUGCAGGAACUGAUACAGCAUUACUCAAGAUCAGCAGAUGGUCUGUGUCGGAAGCUGGGAAACCCCUGUAGGUCUGCUGAUCCUCAGAGACCCUGGGGUCAGGAUGAGUGGGAGAUCCCAAGGGAAACAUUAAAGAUGGUGAAGAAACUGGGUUCUGGGCAAUUUGGAGAGGUCUGGAUGGGGUACUAUAAAAACAACCAGAAGGUGGCCAUUAAGACUCUAAAGCAGGGCAGCAUGGAGCCACAGGCUUUCCUGCAGGAGGCUAAUCUCAUGAAGAAGCUGCAGCAUGCGAGACUUGUUAAACUGCAUGCUGUAGUCACAAAGGAGCCCAUCCUCAUAGUCACAGAGUUCAUGGCAAAUGGCAGCUUAUUAGACUUUCUGAAAACGGAUGAUGGGAGAAAACUCCAACUGCCCAAGUUGAUAGAUAUGGCAGCUCAGGUUGCAGAGGGUAUGGCCUAUAUAGAAGUAAAAAACUACAUUCACAGAGACCUUCGCGCUGCCAAUAUACUGGUGUCAGAAACCCUGCACUGUAAAAUAGCUGACUUUGGCCUUGCCAGGAUUAUAGAGUCUGAGUACACGGCACAGGAAGGUGCAAAGUUUCCAAUUAAGUGGACAGCUCCAGAAGCGAUCAAUUUUGGCACGUUCAGCAUCAAGUCAGAUGUCUGGUCCUUUGGUGUUCUCAUGACUGAGAUAGUAACCUAUGGAAGAGUGCCUUAUCCAGGAAUGACAAAUCCGGAGGUGAUCCGUAACCUGGAUAAGAUGUACAGAAUGCCAUGUCCAGAUGACUGUCCUGGAGAACUCUAUGACAUAAUGAUGGUGUGUUGGAAAGAAAAGGCUGAGGAUAGACCUACGUUUGAGUACCUGCAAGACACACUCAAUGAUUUCUACAUUGCCACUGAGGGCCAGUAUGAGAUGCAACCUUAGCCACAGCAUCCACUCCAGACAUACAAAUGGAUAGGAUACAAGGAUAUAAGGGGUAGUAACAGAUGAAAUGCCUCGUCCCAGGAAAAUGAAAGCGACAGAAAGUGAAUCGAUGGACACUUUCUAUAACUGGCCUAUUCAAUUAAUGUUAUCAUGAAUAGCUCAAUGAAAUCAAUCAGUGACAUUCUGUAUUUAAGUUUAUUCUAUCCCUGAAUUCACAUGGAAAAUUAUGGAGCACUUUGGAAGUUAGUUCAUAGGCCCUCUUGCAUUUGAUAUCAUAUCUGAACCAUGACAUACAAUUUACAAAUAUGAUGUAUAAUAUGUCAUUUCUGGAACUAAUUUCUUUAAUGGCUCUACCUUUGGGACAAUAUUCAUGAACUACAAGCACAUUUUGGACACAUCACAUUUGCACUUUUUGCAACAUUGGGGUCAAGCACUGACUGUGGCACCUUGAAGAAAUGGCUUGGAUCAUCAUUAUUAUUGACCUGCUAAUGCAGAUGUCAAUCCUUUGUCUUUAACUCCUUAAAGAUCUGCCAGCUGUGGCACUACAUGGAAAUGGAAGUGUUUCAGAAAUCUUUGUAUUUGCCAUGUCACUACAGUGACAUAGCUGUUCUGACUUCAAUCAGAGUUUCUAGUGACAAAUACAGUAGUCGUUUCCUUCAACCAUUCACACACACACACACACACACACACACACACACACACACACACACACACACACACACACACACACACA